AUGUUUCUGUUCGAUUGGUUCUACGGAAUCUUAGCGUCGUUAGGGUUAUGGCAGAAAGAAGCGAAGAUCUUGUUUCUCGGACUCGACAAUGCCGGCAAAACCACGCUUCUUCACAUGCUCAAAGACGAGAGAUUAGUACAGCACCAGCCGACACAACAUCCGACGUCGGAGGAACUAAGCAUUGGCAAAAUCAAGUUCAAGGCUUUUGAUUUGGGAGGCCAUCAGAUUGCAAGAAGAGUCUGGAAAGAUUACUAUGCAAAGGUUGAUGCUGUUGUCUACCUAGUGGACGCUUACGACAAGGAGAGAUUCUCAGAGUCGAAAAGAGAGCUUGACGCUCUUCUCUCGGACGAAGCGCUUGCAACUGUCCCGUUUCUGAUUCUUGGAAACAAGAUUGAUAUCCCUUACGCAGCGUCAGAAGAUGAGCUUAGGUACCACUUGGGUCUCACCAACUUCACCACCGGUAAAGGCAAAGUGACGCUUGGAGACUCUAAUGUUCGUCCGCUCGAGGUCUUCAUGUGCAGCAUCGUUCGCAAAAUGGGAUAUGGUGAUGGAUUCAAAUGGCUCUCUCAGUACAUCAACUAG